AUGCUGGCCUGUCUCCAGAGGACCCAGAACCCACCGGGCCAACACCUGGCCUGCCCGAGCAAGAGCCUGGAGCUCCGAAAGUGCGAGACGGCGGCCAGCUCCAUGCAUUCGUCCCGCUACCCGAGCCCGGCCGAGCUGGACGCCUACGCCGAGAAGGUGGCCAACAGCCCGCUGUCCAUCAAGAUCUUCCCCACCAACAUCCGGGUGCCGCAGCACAAGCACCUCGGCCGCACCGUCAACGGCUAUGACAUGAGCGGCCAGCGCUACAGCCCAUACCCGCAGCACGCCGCCGGCUACCAGGGCCUGCUGGCCAUCGUCAAGGCCGCCGUCUCCUCCUCGGGCCCCGCCGCAGCCGCCGGGCCCGCCAAAAGCGUGCUCAAGAGCGCCGAGGGCAAGCGGACCAAGCUGUCGCCGGCCGCCGUGCAGGUGGGCAUCGCGCCCUACCCGGCGCCCAGCACUCUGGGGCCCCUGGCCUACCCCAAGCCCCCCGAGGUGCCCGCCCCGCCGCCCGGCCUGCCCGCGGCCGCCGCCACCGCCGCCUCCGUCAUCCCCCUGCCCGGCCGCGGCCUGCCCCUGCCGCCUUCCAACCUGCCCUCCAUCCACAGCAUCCUCUACCAGCUCAACCAGCAGUGCCAGGCUCCGGGCGCCGCGCCCGCCGCCUGCCAGGCCGUAGCCGGUCCCCGCCCCAGCCCGGCCAAGCACGGCCCCGUGCCCGGCUUCCCCGGCAUGGCCUACUCGGCCGCUGCCGGCCUGCCCGACUGCAGGAAGGGUGCCGAGCUGGGCCAGGGGAGCACGGCGGCCUUGACGUUGGCUGGAGCCACCAAGCCUGCAGGGUACGCGGACGGGGGCCUGGAUUACCUGCUGUGGCCGCAGAAGCCGCCCCCACCGCCACCCCAGCCGCUGCGGGCCUACAGUGGCGGCACGGUGGCCAGCAAGUCCCCCGAGGCGUGCGGGGGGCGGGUGUAUGAGCGGGCCGGCGGGUCGCCCCUCAACUGCGGCAUGGGGCUGCCCACCGGCUUCACCGUGGGCCAGUACUUCGCCGCCCCCUGGAACAGCGUGCUGGUGACCCCCACCAGCGACUGCUACAACCCGGCGGCGGCGGCAAUCACCGAGCUGGGGCCGGGGGCGGCCCGGGAGCUGGUGGGGCCCCCCGUGGAGGCCCUCUCGGGCCUGCCCAGCAAGAGCGUGUGCAACACGGCAGUGCUGAGCAGCAGCCUGCAGUCGCUGGAGUAUCUCAUCAAUGACAUCCGGCCGCCCUGCAUCAAGGAGCAGAUGCUGGGCAAGGGCUAUGAGACAGUGGCCGUGCCCCGGCUGCUCGACCACCAGCACGCCCACAUCCGCCUGCCCGUCUACAGAUAAGGCCUGCGCGGCGGCCGCACGGACAGACGGACAGGGUGCCGGGCGGGGAGG